AUGCGAAUAUUUAUUGAUCGAAUCGCUGAUAAAUCUGUAAAACCCAACUGGUCCAACUGCGUUUUCCCUAGAAUUGGUGUAAACGAGCAUCGCACGGUUGGUGCGCCGUCGUGGUCGCUUUCAUUAGCCAACGGUGAUGGUUGCCUUCCACUGAAGACGCCGUCCUGCGCCGUGGAGCGCUACACUUACAAGGCCGAAGGUGAACCCUCGCGUCUGGCCGUGUUCCGUUCCACGCCCAAACGCGCCAUCGCCUCUUCCUGCACCAGUCUGCUGCCAACAUCCUCUCUUCCUACCCCACCUCCACAACCCCGCGCCGUCAUUCGCGCCCCCAAUCUACCCCGCUGCUCAAUCGGAAACUUUAUCUGCCGCAAAUGCAGGAAAGCCCUCUCCCCUCCCGCCACAACCCAAGAAACUCCCUCCACCAAUCAUCGGCAUUCAUCCUCCUCAAAGCCGGCCAAGCGGAAAGAGCGACCUGAUGCUGCGCCACCAGCUAAGCCGUCGACAUCUCUGAAGAAGCAGCGACCUGUCGCGGAAGACGAAACUUCGACGGAGCCACCGAAAUCGAAAAAACGGAAACAGGUUGACGAGUUGUCGGCUGCAAAGAAAAAGGCCGAAUGCCUACCCGAUUUCACACACACCCCAUCCCCAAUUCAAAAUCACCUCAAAAAACGUAAGGAGGAGGUACCGGCUGUUCGCCCCCCAAAAGACAAGAUUAAGGCCCAAUCAGCUUCGUUAUUACAAUCCGCACGAGCUACCAUUAUCUCACCGAAGUCCUCUGAUGCGGUGAGCAUUGUACCUCCAGCAAAGGCUCCAUGCCCCCAUUCUAGCUCUCCGUUUCGUCCUCAAAGGCCACACAAAAAGUCCAAGAGCCGAAGCAUUCGCGCUGAGCGAGACUCGGAAGGAAAAGGUGUUAAUGGCGCCAGCACAGAGUCACCGUGUUCCCCCGCUGCGACAACCAGUGUUGGAGUUGAACGAGUUGAUGUGCCCGAGAAGGCGGAACCUGCACCGUCACCACGCGUCCCCUCCGCAGUUACGCCCCCCCUGCCUCCGAUUAAGAUCAAAAUCAAUCGAUGCGUCUUGUCGAGUAAUGGCGAAGGCAGCAACAGUGAUCAAGGGAAGGGUUCGGACUCGGUAAAUGAGUACCAGGUGCAAGUUAUGCUCAACGAUUUGUCCGAAGCAGUUGCCACUCCUCCACUGCUGCCCUCUCAGAAACCGCCCCCUCCUUCACCUCCAAAGGAAACAUCAAAUGCAGAAUUGUCGCCAAUGGUGACACCCUCUCAAUCACAAUCCGGGGACUCUCGGAUUCCCUCACCUCACACGCAGCCGCCUCUAGGGGCCGACGAGCGUCUUGUCAAGUGCUAUCGACUUCCCGAGACACCCUCGACGGUGUUCCGUGUCGGCGAUGUCGUCUGGUGCAAGUUGGCCGGCUGGCCGUGGUGGCCUGCGCGCAUAACCAGUCUCCGUCGAUCCGACGCUUCCUGCGACGCCUGUGUGCGCUGGUUUGCCUGGGACCAGGUCUCCUACUUCCCCUGCGACAAACUCCUGCCCUUCCUUGCCUACUAUGACAGAAAGGUGGACAAGCGACGGGUUAAAAAGCGCGGGGCGUACAAACAGGCUGUGGAGGAUGCCCGCGAGGCAGCUCAAGAACGCGCAGCCCAGCCCCCUCCAUCUGACGAAGAUGUUAGUGGUGAUGAGGAGGGGGCAAGCUCAGACGCCACGGCCAAGUCUUCCGCGCCGCUCAAAGUCCCACGAAAAGCGCGUCCCAAGAGCGCAAGGAGUGAGGUGGCAGAAGCGCCGGAGAGCCAGAAGACGCCAACCCCAACCAAUGGUCUUCCAGCUGCACCUCCCUCCGACGAAUCCGAGAGCGAGUUUGACGGAGGCGGCCCACUCGUUAUCGAUCCCGCCGCCACCGGCCCAAAGACCCUCGACAGUGAUGCUGGCGAGUCACGAGUCUUCCUUUCCACCCCCACCAAGUCGUGUCCGAUUCUGCAGCAGCACUGA